AUGGCGGCCGUGGAACUCCGCAGCCGCCUCUCGGCGGCACUCUCGGCCAUCGCGAGUCGGACGGCGCCACGCGAGCGCUGCAUCAUCCUCAGCGGCGGCGUCGACACCUGCGCCAUCCUUGCGUGCGCGCGGGAGCUGGGUGUCACCUUCGGGGCGGGUGUCACAGUGCUCACCGGACCCGACAGCCCAGACAGGGAGUUCGCGAUCACCGCGGCGAAGGAGCACUUUCUGCCGCACCACAUCGUCGAGGUCACCUCCGCCGACCUCAUCGACACAUAUCUGCCUGCCUGCGUCAAGGCCCUCGCGACAUUCGACGGCAUGACGUUGCGCAACUCGCUCGUUGUCGCUGCGGCGAUGCGCAAGGCUUCUGAGCUCGGCUUCAGGCACGCCGUGGUUGGCGACGGUGCGGACGAGCUGUUCGCCGGCUACUCCUUCAUGUGGGGCAACGACGACAUGGACCCUGCCGAAUGGAAGGCCAAGCGCGACAAGAUGUGCGCGCAGUGGACGUUUGCCACGGGCGACUUGGCUGCCAUGUAUGGCCUCGAGUCCCACAGCCCGUACACAGAGCCCGACUUUGUCGCGUGGGCCGUGAGGGAGACGCAGCGCUUCGACUGCGUCGGCGUGCGCCCCAUCCGCCUCACGCACGGUGGCGAGCGGGUACUGCACCAGUGUGGCAAGUUGCCGCUGCGCGAGGCGUUCGACACCAUCUCGUCGUGGCGGCGCAAGGACCCGAUAGAGGUGGGCUCGGGCAUCACAGUUGUCAGCGGCGACGCCUUCUGGUCCGACUCCAUCUCGGACGAGGAGCUGGCGGCCGCGACCGCCGACAUGCUUUCGCGCGGCUACGCGCUCCAAGGGAAGGAGCACCUCGCCAAUUUCCGCGCGUUCGAGGCGUGCUUCGGACGCGACGGAGCCGACCACCCGAAGAAGAAGCGGCUCCCGCUCGGCCAGGGUUGCGCAGGUUGCUGUUUCGAGAUCGGCGAAGCCACCUUUUGCGACGUGUGCGGCGCGUAUCCGGCGCAGCGGGCGGUGGCGGCGGCGGUGCCCUCUGCAAGCGCGGAGGCCCCCAUCUAG